AUGUCAUCGGGGAGGUCCCCUUGGUUGGGGCUGCGCCCCCUGCCCCAACCGCUCCACCUCUCCCCCCUCUGCCUACUGUGUGUGUGUGUGUACCUCCUGGCCCAGGCCCCACUGGGUCUCUCCAUGUCAGGUUUCAACACGGACACCAAGAGAGAGAUCACAGUGGAUGGAGACCUGAUCAUAGGGGGUCUGUUCCCUGUGCACCAGAAGGGCGAGGGGCCUGAGGACUGUGGGAAGAUCAACGCUCAGAGAGGUAUUCAGAGACUGGAGGCCAUGUUGUUAGCCCUGGACGAGAUUAAUAAGGACGAGCACCUGCUGCCGGGGAUACGGCUGGGAGCCCACAUCCUGGACACCUGCUCUAAGGACACUUACGCCCUGGAACAGAGCCUGGAGUUUGUCCGUGCCUCCCUCACCAAGGUGGACGACAGUGAGUACACCUGCCCUGAUGGCUCCUACGCCAUCCAUGACGACGUCCCUCUGGCCAUCUCUGGGGUGAUAGGAGGCUCCUACAGCGACGUCUCCAUACAGGUGGCCAACCUCCUUCGUCUCUUCCAGAUCCCCCAGAUCAGCUACGCCUCCACCAGCGCCAAGCUCAGCGACAAGAGCCGCUAUGACUACUUUGCCCGCACGGUACCCCCUGACUUCUAUCAGGCCAAGGCCAUGGCAGAGAUCCUGCGCUUCUUCAACUGGACCUAUGUGUCAACCGUGGCAUCGGAGGGCGACUACGGCGAGACGGGCAUCGACGCCUUCCAGCAGGAGGCCCGCGCCCGCCAGAUCUGUAUCGCCACCUCAGCCAAGGUCAGCCGGUCGAUGAACCGCUAUAGCUAUGACCAGGUGAUCCAUUCUCUGCGGCAGAAGUCCAAUGCCAAGGUGGUCAUUCUCUUCACACGCAGCGAGGACGCCCGGGAGCUGCUGGUGGCUGCCAACCGAUUGAACGCGUCCUUCACCUGGGUGGCCAGCGAUGGCUGGGGGGCGCAGGAGAUCGUGGUGAGGGGCAGCGAGGCUGUGGCGGACGGGGCCUUUACCAUCGAGCUGGCCUCCUACCCCAUCCCCCAGUUUGCUGAGUACUUCACAGGCCUGAAUCCCUACAACAACACACGUAACCCCUGGUUCAGGGAGUUCUGGGAGAAUAGAUUCCAAUGUAGCCUCCAUGACAUGGGCUGUGGGAAGCACUCUCUGCGGGACGGCCUGUUUGAGCAUGAGUCCAAGAUCAUGUUUGUGGUGAACGCUGUCUAUGCCAUGGCCCAUGCCUUGCACAACAUGAGGCAGUCGCUGUGCCCCAACUCCACAACCAAGAUCUGUGACGCUCUGAAGCCAGGCAACGGCAAGAGGUUCUACAGGGAGUAUAUCCUGAAGACCAAGUUUGACGCUCCAUUCCGUCCAGCAGACACAGAGAACAUGGUGAGGUUCGAUAUCUUUGGAGACAGCUUAGGCCGCUACAACAUCUUUCACUACCACAAAGAGGACGGACGCUACGUCUACCGUAAGGUGGGCUACUGGGCCCAGAAUCUGACCCUUAACACCAGCCAGAUCCCCUGGGAAGGCCAUGCCGCACCCACCUCCCAAUGCAGCGACCCCUGCAGGAAGAACGAGGUGAAGAGCAUGCAGCCUGGAGACGUGUGCUGCUGGAUCUGCAUCCCGUGCCAGCCUUACCAGUACUUGAAGAACGAGUUCACCUGCGCAGACUGCAAGUUUAGCGAAUGGCCCCUGGCCAACCUGACAGGCUGCUACAACCUACCAGAGGAGUACAUCCGCUGGGAGGACGCCUGGGCUAUAGGCCCUGUUACCAUUUCCUGCCUGGGCAUGAUGUGUACACUCUUCAUCAUUGGCCUCUUCCUCAAGCACAACGACACCCCUGUGGUGAAGGCCAGCGGGCGGGAGCUAUCCUACAUCCUCCUGCUGGGUGUUCUGAUGUGCUACAGCAUGACCUUCAUCUAUAUCUCCAAGCCCUCCAUGGCUGUGUGUACCCUACGUCGACUAGGCCUGGGCACCUCCUUCGCUGUGUGCUACUCUGCGCUUCUCACCAAGACCAACCGCAUCGCACGCAUCUUCAGCGGGGUGAAGGACGGAGCCCAGCGGCCGAGGUUCAUCAGUCCUGCCUCGCAGGUGGCCAUUUGCGGAGGUCUGAUCUCCUGCCAGCUGGUGGUGGUGGUGGUCUGGCUCCUGGUGGAGGCCCCGGGGGUCCGGAAGGAAGUGAACCCCGAGAGGAGGGACAUAGUUACCCUCAAGUGCAACAGCAAGGACUCCAGUAUGCUCAUGUCCCUCAGCUACAACUGCAUCCUCAUCAUCCUCUGCACUGUCUACGCCUUUAAGACCAGGAAGUGCCCCGAGAACUUCAACGAGGCCAAGUUCAUUGGUUUCACCAUGUACACCACCUGUAUCAUCUGGCUGGCCUUCCAGCCCAUCUUCUAUGUCACGGCCAGCGACUACAGGGUGCAGACCACCACCAUGUGUAUCUCUGUCAGUCUAAGUGGCUCGGUGGUCCUGGGCUGCCUCUUUGCCCCUAAGACCCACGUCAUCCUGUUCCAGCCCCAGAAGAAUGUCACCUCUCUCAGGGUGGCCACUACCCGCUUCAGCGUCACCACCGGCCCUGGAUCCAGCUUCUCUCAAGCUUCAGUCUCCAAUAUUGUGCCAACGGUGUGUAACGGGCGAGAAGUGGUGGACUCCACGACUUCCUCCUUGUGAAGACUGACUGACUGAGCCUCACGUUCCUCUGCUGACAAACAUUGUAUACAGAGUUCUAUAACCACUAGUCCAGAAUCAGCUGUUUCAGAUAUUAAAGAGGUCACACAGAAGAUUGUCCUGAUUUUGUUGUCCUCUAAGUGCUGUGAGUACAAUGUCCCGAUUCUGUUUCCAUUCUAUGACUAGUAGCGAUUUUAAAAAGAGAUACCAAUAAAGAUUCCGUAUCAUAGCCCUUCUUUUUAUUGAAGAUUUUACUGGAGACAUGGAGUAAAUUAUGGUAAAUUUGUUAAAUGUAAUAUAUUCAAGAUGUUUUUAAUGUAGAUUUUGGUGAACCGGUUUGUGCUUUCUUGUAAUUUAUGUAAAUAAAAGGUGUUUUUUACUCAUAUGA